UCGGCAGCGAGAGGACAGCGCCGCACUGCUCACUCAACAAGCGUGCACGGGGCGAGGCGGCGAUCCCCGCGUGGCCCUCAUCCGGCACCGCAAUGGAAAUGACCACAGCGUUCUUUGUGAGAGCAGCCCUCAUCCCUUCCUACCUUCAACCGCUCCAUCUGGGGACCCAGACAAUAAAACACUGCAGCUGAGUGGCUUCUCUCCUCCGGAGUGCACUGAGGAGGAGGAGGAUGAAGAGCAGAGACACCCAGAGAAGUGUUUGUCUUGUCAACUUGCACAUGGACGUUUGUUUGACCCCCAUCUGAGUUCUGUACAUCGACACAAUGUCCGCCAUGUGUAUUUCUGCAGCGGUGCUGUGGACAUUGCUGGUUGAAAUCUCAGCACGGGUUUUGACCACAACUGACCCAGCUGAUCUGCCCCUCCUCUCUCAACGCCACUAUCAAUACAAAAACCCAGAUUCUGGCUCCCAGUUGGUCUGUGACAAGUGUCCGGCAGGUACCUAUGUGUCUGUCCACUGUUCUCUAACUGCUGUUAGGGAGUGCAGCCCGUGCCCUGAAGGUACUUUCACACGAGGUGAGAACGGUGUUGCGCAAUGCCAUCACUGUGGGGCUCUAUGUCCUGCAGGCCUCUUUGAAAAAGUACCCUGCACUACCACCCAGGACCGUGUGUGUACGUGCCCCCCGAACAGCUUCCUGUUGAUGGAAGGUGUCACAGAGUGUAAGCCCUAUUCGCUGUGCCCUCCUGGGACAAGGGUGAAAAAGCGGGGUAGUGAAACAGAAGAUGUUAUUUGUAAGCCGUGCACCAAAGGAACUUUCUCCAAUGCGGAAUCAAGUGCGCUCAAGUGCCGAGCCCAUGCGGACUGCCGAGCUCAGGGGUUGACGCUGCUCAUAGCGGGGACAAGAGAGACUGAUAAUCUCUGUGGACCCCUGUCUACAGACCCCUCAUCUGCAUCUUCCUCCACAGCCACUGCACAAGGACAAGAAUUAGUGACAUCGGAAUCUUCCUCGUCACCAUUAGAUCACAAAGGCAUCAACAGCCGUUCAGCUGCCAUUCAAUUUAGGGAAAACCAAGGUGGGAAACUAGAGGGUAUAAUUCGCAGUCGUGCAACAAGCACCAUUCCAGCAAUCUGUGACACCCCUCACACUUCACCUCCCACAGCCCGAAAACAUCUGGUGCAUCGCAAGCAACCUUGGGACGAACCAAAUUCCAACACCUUGCAUGGGCCCAACAAGCGGACAAUAGAAGGAUUCGACGGUUCAGAGGUCAGGGUUGGGAUGGGAAUCAGUAAGAUUGCUGUGCAGUCGAACAGAGACAGAGUUUCCAAUUACAACCGUCCCACUCGAAGAGGAUCCCCACGGCCGAGCACUCGUGAUCACUUCGAUAUAAACGAGCACCUCCCCUGGAUGAUUGUCCUGCUGCUCCUGCUCGUUCUGGUGGUGAUUGUGAUGUGCAGUGUGAAACGGAGUUCCCAUGUGCUGAAGAAAGGCCCAAUGCAGGACCCGAGCAGUAUCGUGGAAAGGGCAAUUCAGAAGAAACCAUCUGUGCCCUCUGGACAGGUCAAAGAGAAGUGGAUCUAUUACUCUAAUGGACAAGGAGUGGACAUUCUAAAACUGGUUGCAGCUCAGGUGGGCCCCCAGUGGAUUGACAUUUAUCAGUCGCUGGCCAACGCCACAGAGCGGGAAGUGGCAGCCUUCUCCAGUGGCUACUCGUCAGAUCACGAGCGGGCAUACGCUGCGCUGCAGCACUGGACCAUUCGGGACAGUGAUCCCAAUCUGGCCAAGCUGAUCAACGCCUUGCACCGACAGCGCCGUAUCGACGUGGUGGAGAAGAUCAGACUGGUCAUGGAGGACAAUCCCCAGUUUGACAUAAACCAGCUGAUGACAUCCGUGAAUGUAAGCCAAAGCCUCAGUCCCAUUCACAAGCCUCCUGAGUCUCCCAGCAGCAUUGGCGGCAGUGCUGUCGGUGUAGAGCAGUCGCCGGUGGACCGUACCAAAGGCUUCUUCCACGAUGAGUCGGAACCGCUGCUCCGUUGUGACUCCACCUCCAGCAAAGACUCUGCUCUUAGCAGGAACGGUUCAUUCAUCACUAAAGAAAUGGCAAUAUUUAAGAAUGGCAUUAUCAUUGUUCUCCUCGGGGUAACACUCUGUAUUCUGGAAACGGGAAACGUCGUCAAAUUGUCAAGCCUUUUGUCACCGGUACGCUCCGGAGAACAACACAUCAGUAGGGAGAAAAGGGAUGAGCCGCUUGGCGAGUAUGAGUAUGAAGUGUCCAUUGAGCUAAAUGUGACAAGUGUUGAGACAGUGGACUAUCUUCGCAGCCUGUUGGACAACAGUAGCUUGUCUCUGUCUUUGGGUCCCACAGUAAAUCUGACAGACAUUGACAUCACCACAGUUUGCUACAGCAAUGGGAGCAACUUCCAGUGCAGAUGUGAGGAAGACUUUUUUUGGCCAUAUGACAACUGUGAGACAUAUCAAGCCUGUGAUGAGAUCGUUGAUGAUACCUGCACAUGUAUCAACAGUAUCCCCCCCGAAGGGCAAUAUUGCCUUCCAAAGACAGGCACACCACGGUUUUCAACCUUCUUGAGCACAACAACAUCUCUAUCCUCCUCAACAACAACAAAGGCAGGAUUGGGCUCUUCCACCACAUUAAUCACAGCAACAACUGGAAUACAAACAACGGUGAUAAUGCCUCCAUUUGUUCAUGAAUACCUCAUCUCUAUCGAGUUGAAUACCACAGACAUGGGUGUGAUAAACCUACUGAGGAACAUUCUGAGAAAUACCAGUUAUCCCAUACAUAUCAACAGCUACUCAAAGUUCUCUACCAUCAACAUAACUACAGUUUGCAGUCCAAGCAGUGAUGGUUUCCAGUGCAUAUGUGAGGAUCACUAUCGUUGGUCAUGUAACCAGUGUUUCCUGCAUGGAUCAUGUGACAACAUCACUAAUGACACAUGUGGAUGCAUCAAUGCCAUUCCCUCUGGUGGACAAUAUUGCCAAUCAGUCGAUCAACACAACUUUACAUCUUGUCCUGUUACAACAACGUCGCCAACAUCUCCUCCAUUGGAUCAUGAAUACCUCAUAUCUAUUGAGCUUAGCACCACAGAUAUGAGUGUGAUAGCCCUGCUCAGGAGCAUUCUGAGAAACACCUUUUAUCCCAUAGACAUCAACAGCUACUCAAAAAUCUCUGCUCUCAACAUAACUACGGUUUGCAGUCCAAGCAGUGUUGGUUUCCAGUGCAUAUGUGAGGAUCACUAUCAUUGGUCAUGUGACCAGUGUUUCCUCCAUGGACCAUGCGACAACAUCACUAAUGACACAUGUGGCUGCAUCAAUGCCAUUCCCUUUGAUGGACAAUAUUGUCAAUCUGUCGAUCUACAGAACUUUACAGCUUGUCCAGUUACAACAUCUCCAACAACAUCUCCUGUAUUUGAUCAUGAAUACCUCAUCUCUAUCGAGGUCAGCACCACAAAUAUGAGCGUGAUAAACCUACUGAGAAACAUUCUGAGAAACACCAGUUAUCCCAUAUACAUCAACAGCUACUCAGAAAUCUCUGACAUCAACAUAACGACAGUUUGCAGUCCAAGCAGUAAUGGUUUCCAGUGCACGUGUGAGGGUCCGUUUCGUUGGUCAUGUGACCAGUGUCUCCUGCAUGGAUCAUGUGACAACAUCACAAAUGACACAUGUGGAUGCAUCAAUGCCAUUCCCUCUGGUGGACAAUAUUGCCAAUCUGUGGAUCAAUACAACUUUACAGCUUGUCCUGUUCCAACAAUGUCUCCAACAACAUCUCUUCCAUUUCAUCAUGAGUACCACAUCUCUAUUGAACUAAACACCACAGAUAUGAGCGCAAUAAACUUAUUAAGGAGCAUUCUGAGAAACACCAGUUAUCCCAUAGACAUCAACAACUACUCAAAAGUCUCUGACAUCAACAUAACGACAGUUUGCAGUCCAAGCAGUGACGGUUUUCAGUGCAGAUGUGAGGAUCAGUAUCGUUGGUCAUGUGACCAGUGUUUUCUGCAUGGAUUAUGUGACAACAUCACAGAUGACACAUGUGGAUGCAUCAAUGCCAUUCCCUCUGGUGGACAAUAUUGCCAAUCUGUGGAUCAAUACAACUUUUCAUCUUGUCCUGUUCCAACAAUGUCUCCGACAACAACAUCUCUUCCAUUUUAUCAUGAGUACCACAUCUCUAUUGAACUAAACACCACAGAUAUGAGCGCGAUAAACCUAUUAAGGAGCAUUCUGAGAAACACCAGUUAUCCCAUAGACAUCAACAACUACUCAAAAGUCUCUGACAUCAACAUAACGACAGUUUGCAGUCCAAGCAGUGACGGUUUUCAGUGCAGAUGUGAGGAUCAGUAUCGUUGGUCAUGUGACCAGUGUUUUCUGCAUGGAUUAUGUGACAACAUCACAGAUGACACAUGUGGAUGCAUCAAUGCCAUUCCCUCUGGUGGACAAUAUUGCCAAUCUGUGGAUCAAUACAACUUUUCAUCUUGUCCUGUUCCAACAAUGUCUCCGACAACAACAUCUCUUCCAUUUUAUCAUGAGUACCACAUCUCUAUUGAACUAAACACCACAGAUAUGAGCGCGAUAAACCUAUUAAGGAGCAUUCUGAGAAACACCAGUUAUCCCAUAGACAUCAACAACUACUCAAAAGUCUCUGACAUCAACAUAACGACAGUUUGCAGUCCAAGCAGUGACGGCUUUCAGUGCAGAUGUGAGGAUCAGUAUCGUUGGUCAUGUGACCAGUGUUUCUUGCAUGGAUUAUGUGACAACAUCACAGAUGACACAUGUGGAUGCAUCAAUGCCAUUCCUCCUGGUGGACAAUAUUGCAAAUCUGCUGAUCAACACAGCACUCCUCAUUGUCCCAGCACAACUACUACUUUUUCUACAACAUACACAACUCAAUCAACACCAACAACUGUAAAAAAUACAACGACAACUCUAUCAACAACGCGAACAACUGUAACAAUUCCACCAGAAACAACAUCUCCUCCAUUUGUUUAUGAAUACCUCAUUUCUAUUGAGCUCAGCACCACAGAAAUGAGUGUGACAACCCUGGUUAGGAACAUUCUGAGAAAUAUCAGUUUUCCCAUCAGCAUCAACAACUACUCAAACAUCUCUGAUAUCAACAUAACUACAGUUUGCAGUCCAAGCAGUAAUGGUUUCCAGUGCCGAUGUGAGGAUCAUUACCGUUGGUCAUGUGACCAGUGUUUCAUGUAUGGAUUAUGUGACAACAUCACAAAUAACACAUGUGGAUGCAUCAAUGCUAUUCCUCCUGGUGGACAAUAUUGCCAACCUGCUGAUCAACACAACGAUACUUUCUGUCCCAGCACAACAACAGCUACUUUUCCUACAAUGUCUACAACUCUAUCAACACCAACAACUGUAACAAAUACGACAACUCUAUCAACACCAAGAACUGUAACAAAUACUACGACAACUAUAUCAACACCAACAACUGUAAUAAAUACUACGACAGCUCUAUCAACAACAACAACAACUAUUAAAAAUACUACGACAACUCAAACACUACCAACAACAACAAGAGAAACAAUAAACAAGACUACAACUACCACGAAGGCUACCACUACGAAAACCUCCACCACCACCACCAGUACAACCUUGAAGACCACUCCUGAAAUAACAGUAUUCAAUUUAGAAAUGUCCAUCAAGUUCGAAAAAGAGUACACGUCAGAAUUGAGCGAUCAAACAAGCUCUGGUUACAAGAACUUUGAGUCUCAAAUCAUUAAUGUGUUACGUGGCCAAUAUGGAGGACUCGCAGGAUUCAUUAAUGUUUUUGUGAUGGCUUUCAGUCCAGGAAGUGUGAUUGCAGAUUUUGUUGUUGAAACAUCACAAAUUGACACUGAGAAACUUACUAAGGUGAAUCAAGGACUCCCUGAAGCAAUGAAAGACAUUGCUCCUGUCCUUGGCCCUGUCACUGCCCGUUACCAUAGUUCAACUGAAAUCACAUUUCCAACUGUGACAUAUACUGGAAGGUCAAUGACAUUGACAUGUGAUCCCACUUCUGAGGGUAUUAAUUUGGGAAGGAUCACUGAAGCUAAAUGGAAAUUAAAUGGACGGGAAAUCAAAGAUAGUGGACGAAUUCAAAUAAUUGUAACUGCUACAGUAUCCAAUCUAAUAAUUAAUAACGUGAUUCUUGCUGAUGCUGGUCUUUAUGAAUGUAAUAUGAUGGCCAGUGCUCUGACUUUUCUGCAAAUGGGAAAUUCAGCAAAAAUCAGACAAGCUCCAAAUGUGAAAACAUCGGGUAAAGUCAAUGUUAAGUGUGCAGAUGGAGAGACACAUCCACUUCAGUGUUGUGUGCAGUCAACCUAUACUAUCAGGUGGUUUCAGGGCACCAGUACUUUAAACUCAGAGACAAAUAAUGAUGGAGAAAGCAACUGCAUUUUGUACAAAUACAGUUUGAGUGGCUGCAGAGAUUCAUCACCCCGAGAAUUGAGAUUUACAUGUAGAGUACUAAAUGAAGCAGAAGAAUUUGAAGAGACAACAACAAUGAUCAUUUUUAAUGCCAAUUUCGUAUGUAGUAAUUCACUGUAUGGGAACGGACGACCAGGUGACAACGCAACCAUAGCAUGUGAUCCUGGUCAAGAGGGGAACAGGACAGCAAUAUGCAGGGAUACAGGGGAAUGGAGUCUUUUGGAAGACAAUUGCAUUGUGACUGAAAUUAAGGAAUUGCUAAUCGAAUCUGAGGAUUUGGUUGAAGAGGAAGUGCCACAAUUUGUAGCAGAACUUAAUGAUGUCGUCCAGAAUGAAAAACAAGACAUUACGAAUUCAUCUGCAACCAUAUCAGCUAUUGUUGACAUCCUGAAUACCAUCGCCGUUGUUUCUAAUAAAGUGAAUGAAACUGUCAUGCAGAAUGUGCUGGAAACAGUUGACGUCCUCGUUGGUGACGAUGCAAGACAAUCUUGGGAAUUUCUGAGAGAAACUCGCCGCAAUGACAGCUCACAAUUGCUUAAUUCAAUGGAGAUUAUCUCUGAUGAAUUAGAUGGGGAGUUUGCCAUCAGAACCGGAUUAAUUCUGCUCAACACAACAAAGUUCAAUGACUCCUUUAUGUCAGACUUCAACUCCAGCGUUGUCAUUGAUAUUCCAAACACCAACAGUACCAAUCUCGUCAUCACCACCAUUGUUUUCUCCACCCUCGAUAAUGUCCUGCCAACACGGAACGCCAGUUUUAACAGCACCCUUACAGAUACCAACAGCACAUCUGUUUCCUUUAAUGACACCAUUAAUGCUGCAGUGGCACUUGUCAGAGUAAAAACAGAGAUUCAGAAUGUCAGUCUGAGUUUCAAAAAGCAGAACGACUCCCUGACACAGAAUCCACAGUGCGUCUUUUGGAACUUCACCCUUUUUGACAAUUUGGGUGCUUGGGAUGAUGAGGGUUGCACGUUAGUUUCCGAUAUAAACAAUACAGUGACCUGCAACUGUGACCACCUCACCUCUUUCUCAAUUCUGAUGGCAACAGAUAUCCCUGAAUCAAUACGAGUUGCUUUGGAUAUUAUCACAUAUAUAGGAGUCAGCAUAUCUCUGGCAAGUCUCGUCAUAUGUCUCAUUAUUGAAGGAUAUGUUUGGAAAGCCUUGACUAGAAACAGCACUGCGUUCAUGCGCCACAUGUGCAUUGUGAACACUGCCCUGUCUUUGCUGAUCGCAGACAUUUGUUUCAUAAUUGCUGCUGCUUAUGCCAAGAACCCACUUGAAACCCCAGGAGAAGACCAUAAGGUUCCACUGGGACCAUGUACCACAGCAACUUUUUUUAUGCACUUUUUCUACCUGGCUCUCUUCUUCUGGAUGCUUGUGUCAGGUCUUCUUCUGUUCUACCGAACCGCCAUGGUCUUCUCCCAUAUGUCCAAAUCAACCAUGAUGGCUAUUGGCUUUGUUUUGGGCUACGUGUGCCCUCUUAUAAUAGCUGUUAUUACUGUUGCUGUCACUGCCCCAGGAAAAGGAUACAUCAAGGAAGAAGAUGCAUGUUGGCUGAAUUGGUAUAAGACCAAAGCCCUACUGGCUUUGGUGAUACCGGCAUUGGCUGUAGUUUUUAUAAACAUUUUGAUUACAAUCGUGGUCUUGUUCAAAAUGCUGAGAAGAGGUGUAGGAGAUGCAACCACUACUGAUGAAAAGUACACACUGGUUGUCGUUGCCAGAUGUGUGAUCAUUUUGACUCCCUUAUUUGGACUCACAUGGUCUUUGGGAGUGGGAACCAUAAUAUCAUCCACAAAUGAGGGGAUCCACAUUGCUUUUGCCUUCUUCAAUUCUCUCCAGGGUUUCUUUAUUUUAGUGUUUGGGACGCUGCUGGAUUCCAAGAUCCGAGCCAUUCUCGCCAAAAAACAACCUGUAUCAAGCUCAGGCUCUGGCUCCAAUCAAACUGCAAGUACAAGCGGUGGUAUUUCUUCAUUGAGUGGUCUAAAAUGGCUUGGAAAACUUCGCGGGAAAAGAUAUAUCUACAAUGUGUCAGAAGCUGCAAACUCAAGCAGCUCUGGUGGCUCUGAGUAAUUCUCCAAUAUCUGAAUAACAUCAACAAUCACUCAGAAAAUGAGCUUUGCUACAGAUUUAAGAAAUCAAACUGCAGUGAGUCAUUUCCAAUUGUUGUUUUGCUACAAUACAGUGGCAUAAAUACCUGGCAUGCAUUCGCUUAAUAACCUAUCCUAGUAUUGUGCUGAAUAUACGGUUUUAAAGUCAGCUUCAGUUAUAUUAAAACGUAGAAUAAUAAAACACCUUAGCUUUGAUGGGAUGUGACAAUGCAUUUCGUGAUGCUGAUCCUCAUUUGUAAAAAAGCCAAAUAAAACGUUAAAUCUGGA